CCUGGAUUUCUGAAGCACGAGAGGAAGGUUUCAGAACUUUACAUGCCAGGGAAACCACCUACACACAGCUACAGAGACCCAGGAUGCUUUGCGAAACGUGCUUACAGAUUCCUCUCGACCCGUUUCUGCCACACGAAGCCUGGGGCUCCUACCGAAAUGGCCGAGCCUGGUUUGGAAACGCCAUUGUGCGGCGCGGCGCCGACUGCGUCGACCAACUGCGCAAAUCAAGCGAGGCAGGAUGCCACCUGUGCACCAUCUUCUUGGGCGCGUUAGACGCAGCGGAACCGGCUUGGGCCACGGGCGACUUCACCGGUUCCGAUCACAGUCGGCUUCUGCACGCCCCCCGGCAACACCGAGAAGAGAGGCCGUUGAUGGAAGCGCUUCAACUCGGGGUGAAAAAAGAAGGAGAGGUUCUCAUUACCGACGGCAGCCGCACCGCUGGGCUGUACUGGGAACUUGAAAGCUUGAACUAUGGACAAAAACAGCUCUCCGUCCAUGACCGAGCGGACUGUGAGGAAAAUUUCGCCCUUGCCAAAAGCUGGAUCCAGACGUGCACUCAGCAGCAUACUGCCUGCAGGCUUGGUAGCGAGCCCGCAUUUCUCCCGACCAGACUGAUUCACGUCGGCGAUCCCGCCCAGGAAAAGCCUCCGCGUCUCGUUAUUACUGCUUACUUCCCCUUUCCGGAGCACACUCAGUAUCUCGCGCUGAGCCACUGCUGGGGAACGGAUAGGGGAAAGACGGUGGCUAAAACGCUGACGUCGACUCUACCCGAGUACGUCGAGCGCAUCGAUGUGAAGAGCCUGCCCAAGACGUUCCUUGACGCCAUGGAAGUGGUCCGCCGCUUGGGCUAUCACUACCUCUGGAUCGACUCGCUCUGCAUCGUCCAGGAUGACAAGAGGGACUUCGAGGUCGAGUGCAGCCACAUGCACCUGGUCUACUCGCAAGCAUUAUGCACUAUCGUAGCGUCAGACUCAGAGGACGGUGACGGCGGCUGUUUUGUGCCGCGGAGCCCUCUCCAGGUCAAGCCGUGCGCCGUGACCCUGAAGAACCUGCGUCGCCCUUACCACCGCCCAAAUGGCAUCAUGGACGUCGUCCGGGAGCGGUUCGCCAACGAACCCGACGAAGCCCAGGUCACCAUCUACCCCAACUUUGGCCCCUGGGCCCGCGGGGUUCAGCGCGGCGCCGUCUCCCGCCGCGGCUGGUGCCUGCAGGAGCGCGAGAUGAGCCCGCGCGUGCUGCACUACACGCGGGACCGCCUGAUGUGGGAGUGCCGCGAGAGCAUCGCGUCCGAGGACAGGCCCGAGCCGGAGCCCAAGAAGAAGAAGGACGAGGCGCUGGCGCCCCACCUGUCAAGCUCCCGGCUGUUGGACGACGGCGCCCUGCACGUCGUGUCCAAGCUGCCCAACCGCGUCCAGCUCAAGUCGCACAAGUGGGACAGGCUCGUCGAGGCCUACUCGAGACGCCGGCUGUCCGUGGCCGCUGACAAGUUGCCCGCUAUAUCGGGCAUGGCGCGGGCUCUCGCCGAACGGCAGCCUGGCGACGAAUAUCUGGCGGGCAUAUGGAAGGGGAAUCUGCUCAAAGGCUUGUCGUGGUUUCCGUCCAAGUCUCGCGAUAUCGCCCUUGUCCCUGCUGGGUCCUGGCCGCCGGCGCCCGUCGACGCUGGAAUCCCGACUUGGUCAUGGGCUGCUUACGACGGACCCGUCACGUUUGUGGGCGAUUCGUGGUUCAGUGGCGGGUGGAGUACCAUCAUUGAUCCCGAUGGCAAGGAGAAGUGGGUGAAGAGCGGGCCUGAAGUAGUCGUCAAGGCCGUCUCUGUAACUCACGACAGCGAGGACGCGUUCGGGAGGGUUUCUGGUGGAGAACUUUUCCUCGAGGGGUGGGUGGCUGCGUUGGUGCUGAAUGAAGCCUGCCUUGUCGCCGAACCGGAUACUAGGGAUCGGACCAAGAAGCCGCCAUUCCCAUCCAAGUGUUACAGCGUUCCCGUCGGCGACGCAGCGGUGGUCACAGUCUUCUUUGACUAUGACGUGGCGGAACUGCCAGUUAGCACCGUGAUUCUCUGCCUACAGCUUGGGACUGGCGUCAGCGUCAGGGGCGGUAAUUCGAAGGUGGACGCGGGGUUGGCGCUCAUGUUGGAUCCGGCGGGAUCGUUACGGAGGGUGGGCAUGUUUGAAGUCGCUGGUGACACGUUGCAAUGGCAUGAGACGGGGACGAGAGAGAUCGUCAGAAUUGUCUAGUCAACCUUCCCUUCCUCCUUUCUCACUGUCGCUCUUCUCCUCUGUCCAUGAGUGUCUGUCACAGCUUGGAGUUGUUCUACGGAUUAUUUGGGUUGGUUCCUUAUUUUUCUACUGGCGGGUGUUACUGUAAACUGCACGCUCUAAGGUCACCAGGAAGACUCCACAAUCGCCCAAGUUAUGGUUGAUUGCUGAAACCGUAGUAGUUUAAUGAUUGGAUCGACUGAAUUGACUGAGUCUGACUGG